AUGGCUGAAGCUUCUGCUCCUCCUGAUCUCUCAACAUAUCAAUAUGACCCUUGCUGUCCCUUGCCAACUGGAAGGGCAGCAAGGGAUCACGUAAUAAGCAAAGGACCUUGCCGGCCUAGAGAUCAUAUUUUUCCUGUGGAUAAGCGUAAUCGUAAGUUUCUAGAUCUUUCUAGUGUCGUGGUACGAAAAAUUCGAUUGGCUCGAGUAUUCAGUAUCAUUAGACAAAGCGUUUUGUUUCGUCUGCAGAGUGUGCAACGCACAGGUGAGUUGUUUUAAGUAUUUUGUAUUAUUUGCGUUUUCAUUCUCGUUAAGAUAUAACUUUGUUACUUAAAUUGCCUGAAUUGUAAACUUGAGCUACUAAAUGUUUAUUAUCUAUCGUACUUAUCGUAUUUUUUGCACUUUUGCAGGUCUCAUUAAGAAGCGAGCCAACAUUUAUCAAGACUGGAUUUUCCAAUUGGAAGAAAGUUGAAAAUCUUUCAAAGCACGAGAAAUCAGAUUGCCACAAGCAUUCAUUGCAAGCGUAUCGUCACUGGAAAUCACAGAAGCCAGUAGAUCAUCAGAUGAGCGAAGAAGCUGAGAGGCAAGAGAGUUAUCGUCAACAAAAUGUACGUCCCUCUAAUAUUUGCUGAUGGAAAACAACUAGCUUGCAUUUAUAAUGUCACUAUACUAAAUUAAUCAGUGUCUGUAUACGCUGAUAAAGAACCGUCCUGAUUUGGAUAAACUUUUCUCGCAAUUUUCUAAGUUUAUAACAUUUAUUUUUUAAACAUAAUUUGAAAACAUGAUUGUCUGUUUGAGGUCGUUUGAUAAGUAAUUUACAAAAUUUGUGUCCGUUCUGUAUCAGUGUACACAGAUACUCGUGCGAAGCACUCGUGUCUGUAUACACUGAUACGGAACGGCCACUUAUUUUGUAAAUAGUACUAAAAGUAGGUGUAUUAAAGAAUGUUUAGAAUUAUUUUCUAUAUUGUAGAUACUAGAUCUUAUGAGCUCCUCAAUUGAAAGCCGUUUCGACAAACAUAAUGCGCCAGUUCUAAAGGGACUUGGAUACUUGGGUCCAUCUCGUUUAGCCAGUCCAGAAGCUUGGGAAAACAUAUCUUUAGCAGUCCAGUGGUUCCAAAGUGACCUAGAUGUUGAUGCAUUAGAGAGCGAAAUCUUUUCUUUGCAGACAUCAUUGCUGCUCACCAAUGUCAAUAAAAAAGCGAAGUCCGAGAAGAGAAAGGCCAGUUUUGACGACCUAUUCAAGGUGUUGCAAACGGAGCCAGAAUGCUACGGAAACGUCAUAAAGCUAAUGAAAAUAACUUUGACACUGCCACUUACCUCAACUAGUGCUGAAAGAGCAUUUUCGAAGUUGAAACUGAUCAAGUCCAGACUAAGGUCAACAAUGAAGCAAGAAAGGCUAGAAAGUCUUACGCUGAUGUCUGUGGAAGCCGACAUAUUGGAACAGCUUGAUCUGGAAGAGCUUGUAGAAAAAUUUGUAGAUAUGGCUCCAAGAAAAAUGGAUUUAGUUUAA